AUGGAGGAGGAGUUCCAAAAGAUUGUUGGUGUCAGUGGGCCACUUUGGGGUUUUGUAGUUGGUUUCAUGCUUUUCAACAUAAAAGGAUCAAAUCUUUAUUUCUGGAUAGCGAUCAUUCCAAUCACACUUGUUCUUAUCGUUGGUGCAAAGUUGCAACAUGUAAUCGCAACGUUAGUGUUGGAGAACGCUGGGAUAACAGAAUAUGCGUCCGGUGUAAAGCUGAGACCUCGUGAUGAACUUUUCUGGUUCAAGAAACCAGAACUACUCUUAUCCCUUAUUCACUUCAUUCAGUUUCAGAAUGCUUUCGAGUUGGCUUCGUUCUUCUGGUUCUGGUGGCAAUUUGGAUACAACUCUUGCUUCCUUAGGAAUCAUUUACUAGUUUACUUGCGACUUAUUCUAGGGUUUUCAGGACAGUUUCUAUGUAGCUACAGUACAUUGCCACUCUAUGCACUUGUCACUCAGAUGGGAACAAACUACAAGGCAGCAUUGUUGCCUCAGAGGGUAAGAGAGACAAUUAACGGUUGGGGAAAAGCAACCAGAAGAAAAAGAAGGCAUGGGUUAUAUGGCGAUGAUUCUACUAUUCGAACAGAAACAAGCACAAUCGCAUCUCUUGAAGAAUACGAUCAUCAAGUGCUUGAUGUUCCUGAAACCUCUCCAGCUCAAGGAACUGAGCAUGAGCUAAAACGUAUUCAAAACUGUGAUGCUUCUAUCUCAGUAGCUAAUGAAACUUCUAGUAUAGUUGGAACACCGCUCUUGCGACCUUGUGCUUCAAUAUCCUCACCAACUUUGUCCAGGUUACAGACAGAAACCACAGAAUCACUUUCAAGAUCGUCUUCAUUGCCCAGUGAAAAGAAAAUGUUAAACUAG